AUGCCGCGCGCUUCCCAAUCCGCAAAGGCGCCCGCAAAGGCGCCCGCCAAGGCCCCCUCUACCUCCACUCCGACGAAGGCAUCUGGCAAGAAGCGCGCUCGCGACGACACUGAUGCCGACGUCGAGACCACCACCCCGAAGCGCCAGCGCGUCAAGAAGGCUUCCGCCAUCGAGCCCGAGUCUGCCAGCAAUGCAGACGCGCCUUCCACCCCAACCUCCACCCGCAAGACGCGCACCCCGGCCAAGCGUCCGGCGAAGAAGAUGACCGGCAAGAAGGCCCCCAUCGUCAUGCCCACUCUCACUCCCAUUCCAGAGGAGAGUGCCACUAGCGCCGGUCUGAGUGAUGCGGCUUCCUCCACACCUGCUCCAGCCCCGAAGAAGCGCGGCAAGAAGACUGUCGCCUUCGAGUCUCCCGUCGUCACCGUGCCUGUCGUUGUCGACGAUGCCCAUACUCCUCCACCUGCCACCCCGAAGGCGCGCACUCCCGUCAGGCGUACACCAAGGAAGUCUGCAACCACCAAGAAGGCCACCAGCGCCGGUCCCAGCGAUGCGGCUCCGUCCACCAACACACCCACCCCGAAGAAGCGCGGCAAGACUGUUGCGCUCCAGUCACCCGCGUCCGCUUCUCAGCCGGAGACCAGCACGUCUACCGCCUCUGCCUCUGCUCCUGCCGCUACCCCCAAGAAGCGGGCUACCAAGAACAGCACCCCGACACCCCAAACCAAGAAGGGCACGUCGACGCCGCGCACCAGGAGCGCCACAAGGGUCGCAAACUCAUCCACUGACUUGGCUGUUGCUGGAGACGAGGCGGCAACUCCAGUCCAGAAGAAGACAGCCACCCAACCCAAGAAGUCAAAGGGCAAGGCGGCUGGUGCUUCAGUGGAUGCUCCCAAGGCGUCCACUCCAGCUCCGAAGAAGACGGCCGCCACGAAGAAGGCGGCAACCUCGAAGAAGACAGCCACUCCAAAGAAGACGGCAACCCCGAAGCGCAACACCAAGAGAGCGUUCACUGCCGAUCCCGAGGAGCCAACCGACACGCCCAAGCCGAAGCGUCCUCGCACCAAGUCACCCGUCGCCGAGUCCUCUGCUUCUGCCGGCGAGUCCUCCGCCUCUGCUGCUGCAGUGGAGGCCUCCAACACUUCCACCAACCUGCCUGAUCCUUCCACCAUCACUUCCGGUCGUGAUCCUGUCGAGGUGUCUGACCUGGCUGAACUCCUGCAGCGAGGUCCUUCCACCAAGAGGAAGACUUCUCGCAGGCCGGCAUCCAAGCCUCGCAGGAGGCUGGUCAGCAGGAAGGAACUCAAUGCCGCCGCCACCGCCGCCAAGUCUGAUAGCGAGGAGCAGGAGGAUAUCAGCUCUGUCGUUUACAAGAAUGCUGGCGAGAAGCGCAUUCACGAGGAGACUUUCCGCCGGGUCGAUGAGGACUCGACGCCUCGUCCGACCAAGCGUACGAAGACGAAGCCCAGCAGCAGCAUCGACCUCGUCCCCCAGCAGUCGGCGCGCUCUGUCGACAGCACCACCAGCACGACCGCCUCCGACAUCCAGGACGCCAUCUCCCUCGCCGACGAGGAGUUCAGCGACUCCGGCAUCGACGUCGACAGCCAGUCCAGCGCCAGUGAUGAGCCCAGCAACGACGACGCCGCCACCUACCCAUCCACCUGCCUCUACCAGAACCACGCCCUCAACCCCCUCCAAGCCCGUGUUCCCAAGAGCGCGCGACUGCACCUGCGCCACUUCAGCGCCGCGGACGCCAGCGCAGUUGACGGCAUCGUCCCCGUCUCCCUCCGCCGGUUGCUGCGCUGCUCCAUCCGCGUCCAGACUCUCUACGCGCGCCACGGCCUGGCCGGCAUGGACGACGCGGAGCUGCCGCUGCCGCCGUGGGUGACGCGCGAGACGGCCUUCAGCUACGAGACGUACGUGGCGACGAGGCACAACCACAUCUGGGCUGCGAACGGCUGGUGGACCUCGCAGCGGCUGCUCGACCUCUACGCGCUGGCGCUGUACAUGCAGGAUCCGGACUGCUGCGAUGCCGCCGCGUCGGCACUAAUCAGGCUGACCCGGGCCGCCGACGUCGAGGAGCACGUCUUGGAGCUCGACGUCGCCGCCUUCCUGCAGCAGCUCGACUGGCUUGCCGACCUGGUAGCCGACGACGACGACGACGACGAUCGCGACGACUACGACGACGACGAGCAGCAACUCCACCUCCGCACCGUCGGCCUAGCCACCAGCGCGCCCAUCCGCGCCCUCCUCCUCGACAUCCUCUCCGCGCCGCCGCACGCCUCUGCCACCCUCAAGAGUCUUUCCUCCGCAGGCGUGCUCUACGCCCAGGAGGACGUCGACCCCUUCUUCACAGACCUCCGCAACGCCUGCCGCACGCGCGUCAACAACGCGCGCAAUAAGCGGUCCGCCGCCAUCCCUUCAUCGCCCCUGUUCAUGGCGCAGGAGCGCAAGUGGUGCGAGCGGUACCACUUCCACGCGCACUGGUUCGCGCUCGACGACGCGGAGCUGCUGUUCCCGCCCAGCAGCGAGGGCGAGGAUCCGAGGCUCGCUGAUCGCGACUGCCAUGCGCUGAGGGCGCUGCGGUUGGUGGAGGAGGAGCAGGCGCCGGAGGCGCGGGGGAGCAAGGAGGUGUGGGAGGAGGAGAAGAGGAUGUACGAGGCGUGGCAGGGGGUGGGGAUUGAGGGGUAUGAGAUUGAGACGUUUGAGUGUAGCAGGGCGAGGCUGGGGGAUAGGGAGAAGUGGCGGGUGGGGGGUGAUGAUGGGGUGGAGAUUGUGAUGAAGGAGGACUACUAG